AAACAUUUUAAAAUUCUAAGUACAGUAAAUUAGAUUAGCAAAAAAAAAAAAAAAUGGAGAAAAUGUCAGCAUUUUUCAUCAUUCUAUUCCUCGUCUCAUCGUGCAUGGUAACAACGAGUGUUGGAGAUAUAUGUAAAACAGACCAAGAUUGUGUGGACAUUGGGAUUCCAAGAUGUAAAAACACAGGGAAGAUGCCGAUUUGUUACAACGGAUAUUGUAGCUGUUUCGCUAAAAAGCUUCCUGCUCCCACCAGGCCUCCUGCUCCUCCCACCACCACUCCUAAUCACUCUCCUUCUUCAUCAUCCCCCAGCUCUUGAUCAUUUUCAUUUAUAUUCGUACGCAAAGUUACGUUUGUUUUAGUAAUAACGAUAAUAAGACCAUUUUUUUUUUAAUAUUAAGA